CCUCCAGAAACACGCACGGUGAUCCGCUUGAGAAAUCUUCAUCGAUCAAUUCCCGCUAGCUAGAUUCAACAUGUUCGGAGAAAGUAUAAUCUCGGAGUACUCCGACUUUGCUGUUUUAGAGUCGAUAUGGCAAAAUCUUGUAGACAAUGAUAUACAUGAUGAUGAAAGUACUGCUACAUCAGUUUCUGCAAAAGUUUACGAGAAUAAGGAGGCAUCGUUGUAUUGUCGGAGCUCAAGCUUUAGCAGUAGUAGUAGUCUCUUUCUAAAGGAGAGCUGGGGUGACUUGCCAUUGAAAAUGGAUGGGACGGACGACAAGGUCGUUUACGGUUCUUUACGCGAUGCAAUCGAUGUUGGAGGUCACGCUGAUCCGUUGGUGCAGACUAAUUACGAUAAAAUAAUGGGAACAGAUAUGAGUACUCAUUUAUCCAUCAAUAAUCAAGAGCCUCAGGUUCCGAGAACUGAGUUGCAAUUUAGGGGAGUGAGGAGGAGGCCGUGGGGGACAUAUGCGGCAGAGAUAAGGGAUCCGGCAAAGAACGGCGCCAGAAUGUGGCUAGGGACAUACGAGAGUGCCGAGGAUGCGGCUUUGGCUUAUGAUCAAGCCGCCUUUAAAAUGCGCGGCUCAAAAGCAAAGCUCAAUUUUCCUCACCUUAUUGGCUCCCAUGAUUGGAAGCCGAUCAAAGUGACCACCAAACGAAGCUUGCGGAAGCCAUUGACUCUGUCAGAAUCAUGCGAUGGCUCUCAGGAGCCUAAGCUGAAAAGGAACAAAUUUAUUGGCACUCCAUUUUAGAUAUUUUUGGUUGGUGCGACUGUUUCUCAUACUUUGUUAGUCGAGACAUUUGAGAGCCCAUCAUCCUUGCUAGUUAGGCAUGCGCGCAAGACAUCUGACCGGA